GGCAAGCUCUUAACGUGAUCACUCAAUGAAGCGUUCUCGAUGUCUGUGUCUGUCUGCCAGCCAUUGUCUUUAUUUGCUAACAGUUACAUAUGGGAAACUAUUUUAGGGCAUGAAUGUGGCUGAACCGUAACUGAUUUUCACCAGGUUCUUUGGAGCAUUUAAGAAUGGCCUAUUCAUCCUUUGAGCACCUUCCAUUCAAAGACCAAGAACUCCCAGCCCAAAUGUUGUGCCAGCUGAAUUCCCUAAGGCAUGAGCGGAUCUUCACCGACAUGCUCCUCUGCACUGAAGAUCUGGAGAUCCCAUGUCACAGGAACGUCCUGGUUGCUAGCAGUCCUUACUUCCGUGCCAUGUUCUGCAGCAACUUCCGUGAGAGCGGCCAGACUAGGGUGGACCUGAAAGGCAUCAGCUCUGAGAUCUUGAGUGGUAUUGUAGACUACAUCUACACUGGAACCAUUACUAUAAGUAUGGAAAUAGUGCUGCCUCUGAUGCAAGCUGCAUCCAUGCUGCAGUACACAAGGCUUUUUGAGGCCUGCUCAGCCUUCUUGCAGGAGCAGCUGAACCCAGAUAAUUGCUUGAGUAUGAUCCGCCUCUCAGAGAUCUUGCAUUGUGACAGCUUGAGAGAGCGAGCGAAGGAGAUGGCCGUACGUUGUUUCUCAGAUGUGGCUGCCUCAGAGGACUUUUGCGAGCUCUCGCUACCUGAGCUAAUGUGCUACCUGGAGGAUGACAGGCUUUGUGCUGAAGAAGAGCAAGUGUUCGAAACACUCUUGGCCUGGAUCCACCAUGAUCCUUUUUCUCGGCGUGGUGCCAUCCAUGAUCUCUUCAAGAAGGUGCGCUUGCGGUACAUCCAUCCCACAUACCUCUUCCAGUUCAUAGCCAAUGACCCACUUGUCCAGUCUUCCACCCUUUGCACAGAGAUCAUUGAGUCAGUGCGACGACUGAUGUUUUCUGUUAGCACCAAAUGCACACGUGAGCUGAAGCCUCUCUGGACCACACCUCGUCGUUACACCUGUCGGGAGACUUUAGUCGUUGUAGGGGGUCGCAAGAACAAUGAGCAGACAUCUCGAGAAGCCCUGCUCUAUGAUGAGCGUACUCAGCGCUGGCAGUGGCUGGCCAAGUUGCCUUUGCGCUUAUAUAAGGCCGCUUAUGUCUGCAUACACAGCAUUCUUUAUGUUGUUGGAGGUCUCAGCCUCAGCAUGGCAUCAGGAGACAGCACAGUUAGUGCCACAGUCUAUACCCUCUCACUUAAGACCAACCAAUGGAGGACAGCUGAACCCAUGCUUGAACCACGUUAUGCCCAUCAGAGUGUGUCUUACCUGCAUUUUAUCUUUGUUCUUGGAGGCAUAGGGGCUGAUAAACAGAUCUCAAACUCAGUGGAGCGUUACAACAGCAUGUUUAACCAGUGGGAACCUAUGGCCCCAAUGCCUACAGCAGUGCUCCAUCCUGCAGUGGCUGCCAAUGACCAGAGAAUCUAUGUGUUCGGAGGGGAAGACUCCAUGCAGAAUCCAGUAAGAUUGAUACAGGUUUACCACAUUUCACGCAACCAGUGGUUGAGAAUGGAAACCAGGACAGUAAAGAAUGUCUGUGCACCUGCUGCUCUCAUAGAAGACAAGAUUUACAUCAUUGGAGGAUACACAAGGAGGAUGAUUGCUUAUGACACCAAAGCCAACAAGUUUGUUAAAUGUGAGAACAUGAGGGAAAGGAGGAUGCAUCACUCAGCUACUGUGAUCAACAACAAGCUCUACGUGACAGGAGGGCGCUUCCUCAACAACCACGACAUCAUUGAGGACUCUGACUGCUUCGAGUGCUAUGACCCUAAAACCGAUGUCUGGACAUCUAAAGGGUCUUUACCAUACAAGCUCUUUGAUCAUGGGUCUCUGGCCCUGGUCUGUGUCUCCAAUCGACCCAAUCCACCAUGAAUGACGAGAUUGGACCAAUCCAAUACUUGGGCAUCUAGUUGGCUCCCCUGUGCAAGAAAUAUUUAAUUUCAUUUCCAGGACCACAGCUGAGACUCUAGGCAAGCUGAGAAAGCAUAUGUUGCUUUGCAGAAUGUCUCAUUUGUGGCUUUAAUGGUAUGUAGUGUCUUCUGUCAAAGAACUUCAUAAGUGGAAGUUUUUGCAGUGGAGACCGGGGAGCAUGCUCAGGAGCCCAGAUCACAACAGCAGCUGUCUGUGCAACAGAUAUGACCCAAGAUCACUCAUUCAGGAACUUUCUAUCACCAUUUUACCAUCUCAGAGGGUUAGAAUCUACACAAUCAUUUUCAGUCGACUCAAGAUAAAUAUUUAGAAGCCAAAAACUUUGGACGUAUCCCUGAGGAAAACACAAUUCUCGUAGCACAUUGUGGUAAACUGUAAUGCCAAAGAGUAGCCCAUUAAAAGUCACUUUAUGAAGACACAUUCCUUCAGAUCUAAAGACGAAACCAUGAGCAGCUCAACUAUUAAGGGGUUCCCAUGUCGCCCUCUGUUAGAAGGAGAAACUGCUGAUGUGCUGCACUUGCGUGUACUUGCAUGCCUUCAGCUGACUGCCAGACUCCUUGUUUACUUAAGAAGAAGGCCUUAUCUUCUGAGUUCAAAGUUGCUGCAAAAAAAAGUAAAAAAAAGCACUAGACCGUAGUUCUGUGAAGACAUUUAUUGACUUGAUAUGACUUGAAUUCUUUUUUUAGUGCUGCUUUUGAUGAGAAAUGUUU